GAGCAAGAGGGAAAAGUCUUUAUAUAGAGAGAGAGGCUGAAACUGGGGCUUUAAUUCAGCUCCUCGGUCCUGGGGAGGCAGCUGAGCCCUUAGCCCCCCAGCAGGCCCCGCCACCUGCGGGUGCCACCCUGCCCUCCACCUGCUUCCCUGGCUCUCAGGGUCCCGCGGUCUCCCCCACGCCUUCAGCCAUGCCGUUGUGGUUCCUGCUUCUGGGGGUGCUCUCCUGGCCGACAGCCAAAGCCGAAUCUGGCCAGGGUGGCAUCUGCUGGCUGCGCCAGGGCCGGGAGGCUCAGUGCAGCCUGAUCCUGAGGGCAGGUGUGAGCUGGGAGGAGUGCUGCUCUGCUGGCAAUGUCGAUACCGCCUGGUCCAAUUACACACACCAAGGCAACAAGAUCAGCCUGCUGGGCUUCCUGGGCCUGGUGACCUGUCACCCCUGCAAAGAGACCUGUGAUGGAGUGGACUGUGGUCCAGGCAAGGUGUGUAAGAUGCACAAAGGCCGACCCCACUGCGCCUGUGCCCCGGACUGCUCGGGACUUUCUAAGCACUUGCAAGUCUGCGGCUCGGAUGGGGUCACCUACAGGGAUGAGUGUGAGCUGCGGACAAUCAAGUGCCAGGGGCACCCAGACCUGGGCGUCAUGUACCAGGGUCAUUGCAAAAAGAGCUGCUCCCUCGUCGUGUGUCCAGGGACUCAUACGUGUGUGGUGGACCAAACCGGCAGUGCCCACUGUGUCAUCUGCCGCUCUGCCCCCUGCCCAGUUCCCUCGAGCCCCAACCAGCAGCUCUGUGGGAACAACAACGUCACUUAUGCGUCUUCCUGCCAUCUUCGUCAGGCAACCUGCUUCUUGGGCAGAUCCAUCGGCGUGCGGCACUCUGGGAGUUGUACAGUCAGCACCACGUUUGCUGGGCUUUUGGAGGAGGUGGAAGAUAACUCCGUGUGAGACGCCGCCGCAGGUCCUGCCCGGAGCCAAGAAACCCUAUUUAUUAUGAAGAGGGAGGCAUAUUUAUGGCCCCCCAGACUCCAGCUGUGUUCUCUCUUCUAGACAACUCCCAGAGACCCUUGUUGAGGAGGGGAGAAAUUGGGAGGAUUUUUACAGCCUGACCGGAGCUGCCAGGAGCCGCUAGUGGUGGUGGGAGGGGGAUGGAAAUGGCAAAUGCCUUGGAGGGUCCCAAAGCAGGCCAGCUAAGCUCAGGGAGGGGGGUGGGGUGAGGGGGGGCGCUGGCUGAGGGGAAGGGGCGGGGCUUAUGUUUCAACAUUCCGUGGGGCCAUCGAGGGAGCCAGGCAGAGAGGGACACAGACAGAUCUCCCAGUUGGGGUUUCACAAUCUCUCCUGUUAAAUGACCCUACUGAUGCAAUUCUGGGCCCUAAGGACUCUGAGGGGGGAUGGAAUCCAUAUUCUCCCUCUCCCCUUCCUCCAGGACCAGAGGUCUACCCCCUUUUGAGCUUUAGUGACCUGGGGACUCCUACCUCCAAUGUGUAAUGAUGAUGAUCUCAACUUGGGAUAAAAGAGAGAUGCGGGAUGGAGCUGGGGGUAGGGGAAGCCAGGUUCAAUAUAGUGUCCUUCUUGUUCUAAUCUUCCAUGACUUCUCUUCGGGGAGGGACCUCCAGCUUCAAUCUUGGCCCCAUUCUGUUUUGAAGACUCAAAGUUCCCAAACCAAAUUCUUCCCACAAAGUCAGACUGUCUCUAGAAAGGCCCCUUUAUUGGAGGGGAGAUUUAGUAGAGUAUAAUUCCCUUUACCCACCCAAGUGCCAAUUAUCUGUUCUCCUUUCUCCUUUCUUGGGGGAGGGAGGGUGCUCAGGGUCCUCAAAGUUAACUGUGUAGUUUUAGAUUAAUCCCUUCCCUUCCCUGGUCCUCAGUUUCUCCCUCUUUCAAAUGGGGACAAGAGCACUCCCCCACUCCCACCCCUCCCUAAGGAUGAUGGGAAUGUUGGUGAUUUUCUUUGGAAAGUAAAAAAUCUGUAUAAAUGAA